CUGGGGCAUCACGUGACACAGGCAGGCGGAUGGAAAUGCAAUGUGCCAGAGAUUUGUGUAAUGUGCUGGUUUCAGCUUGCUAGUAUUACAGUGUUUUUGGUUGAACCCUUUUCGAAUUACAAUAUAUAAUGCAGUUUAACAAACGAAUCUUUUGCUGUCAUGUUUAGAACUAUAAUGUUUGCUGACUGGUUAGCCUUCGACGAACACGUGGACAUUGUUGUUGUUAGCCUUGUGGCUAGCUGUCAUUUAUAGGCGACGAAACGGUUAGAUAGCUACAAUUCUGGUAAUGAAACUACCUUGCUCAGAAAUGUAAUCAGAAGAUGGUUGUUUUCUCAUCAUGACAAGUGAACAUAGACCUCAGAAAGACUGGUAUUCUAUACUUGAAUCCAGUCCAUCAGAUGGGCUACAAGACCUCAAACAGAAGUACCAAAGACUGGCCUUAAUGUAUCACCCUGACAAGCGGGGCCCAGAUGUGACUGUGACUGAGGCAGAGGAGCACUUACACAGGUUCAUUGAGGUCGACCAGGCUUGGAAGGUCCUGAGCAACCAGGAGACAAAGAGAGCCUAUGAUCUGCAGUUACGUGCCAGCGAACUGAAUCAGAGUUGGCCAGUUGACGCCCGUGUCUGUCUGGACGACAUGACUUUGGAUGAAGAUAACGAGGUGUACACGUAUGGCUGUCGCUGUGGAGGGGAAUUCUCCAUUGGAAGAGAGGAGGCGGAGGAGGAAGAGGCCAUUGUGUGCUGUGACACCUGUUCACUCAGCAUAGAAGUCAAGAGGACAACCUGACUGACUGUCUCAUUGUUGGCCGGACUCCUCUGAAUCCUGAAGAACUGGAUGACGUCAAGGAGGUCCAUAGUUUUCUUUUCAUCUACGUCCACCUUCUAUUUAAAUGGGCACCCCCAUGGGGCCUUGUGCACAUGUCUAUUGGCCAAUGAAAGGAAAGUAGAUUUUGCUCUCUAACAGACAAGCUCGUCUGUGCUUUUAAAUGUCAUGCAAUAAAAUCAUGGUGCAAAAUUCAACUAACAACCAA